AUGCUGUCCCGAGCGCUAGACAAGGUAGGCGGGCGUCUCCGGCAUUUUCUCCCGGCUUGGGAGGAAAUCACGGAAGACGCAUACAUCUUAUCCGUCGUGCGAGACGGCUUCUCUAUAGAAAUAGAAGCCUUCCCGCACGGUGCGAUUCGCAUCGCCUCACCGCCUUCCUCCACCCUCCACCAUCAGUACAUCGCGGCCGAAAUCGCCGCACUGGUGGAGAAGGACGCGAUAGAGAGGGCGACAGACAACCCCAAUCUUUGUCUAUCCGCGAUUUUCGUCAUUCCCAAGCGCUCGGGCAAAUUGAGAAUGAUUCUCAACAUGAAGAGAAUCAAUACGUUUAUUCCGGCCGAACACUUCUGGAUGGAAACGUUAGCCACGAUCCUCCCUUCACUGGAGGCGUCGGACCUGGCCGUGUCUCUGGAUUUACGCGAUGCGUACUUCCACAUUCCCAACCAUCCAGCUUCGCGCGGGGCCCUCCCGUUCAGGCUGCGACCGGCGCCCCGAGUGUUUACUCGCAUAGUCACCACUGUGGCAGCCUAUUUGAGAAACCAAGGCCUGCGACUCUUCGUCUAUCUAGACGACUGGCUUAUUGUGGCAGACUCGGAGGCAAAGUUGCAAGCUCACCUCUCCUUGCUACUAUGGGUGACUCAGAGCCUCGGGUUCAUGAUCAACUGGGAGAAAUCGGAGCUCACUCCCUCCCGCGUUCCCAUGUAUUUGGGCGCGAGGAUAGAUAUACCGAACCAACUCGCGCGGCCCAGCCCAGACAGGGUGCGGUCGAUCACGUCUCUCGCCCACUCCGUAAGGGGGCGCAGUCACGUGAAAGCCCGCGUCUGGCUUCAGUUGCUAGGUUAUAUGGCCAGUCUAGUAGACAUUAUACAAGAUUGUCGUCUCUACAUGAGGCCCUUCCAAAGACAUCUCCGCUACUGCAGCCCCGGGGCAGACUCACUGCAGUCUCGGAUUCCUCUGCCACUGUCUAUCAGUCGCAGUUUAGCGCCCUGGACUCGCCCAGCUUUCGUGGCUCAGGGCAAGCCACUACAGACUCCCCUCCCGUCAGUCUCAGUGACCACCGACGCCUCGCUCUCCGGUUGGGGUGGCCACUGCGAAGGGGAGAUGGUAUCCGGAGCUUGGGCUUAUCCAGGCGCUCUCCCUCACAUCAAUGUGUCGGAGAUGCAAGCGACGUCCAACGCACUCCGCCACUUUCAGCACUAG